UAUUAUGCUAACGCUACUUCUGCCUUACAAAGCGCACUUACGCCGACGCCAUCUCGGGACAAAGGUCGUCCAUCGUUUUUUAGCAGGAGAAAUAAUAAUUAAAAUCCCACAACUUUACCCUCAGGAACUUCUGAGACUAUUUAAGGUUAUAUUCGUGCAGUAACUCUUUCUUCGUCGAUAAGAACGUGUGUUACUCGAAGCGUAGUUGGCUAACCGUUAGCUUGUGACGUUGUUAGCUAAACCAACUUAGCCGCGGAGGAAUUUCACAGCCUGUUUAUGUUUUCGCCAGUCCAAAGACAUGUUGGACGGAUCUCCGACUCCCAGCGAUGAAGCUAACAUCGGCAACGUCGAAAACAACAACCCGAUAUCGUUAAUUCCCAGCAGUGAUGGGGUGAACACGGGCAAUAAGACGAGGCAGGCGCUGCUGAAGAAAGGAGGAAGGAAGCUGCGGUCGACGGCGCCGCUGCAUCACCUGAAACCUCCGAGAAACAGCCCCAACAUCCGGCUGUCUGACCACAACAACAACUCUCUCGCUGCUGCAUCUGCUCACAAACCUGCAGCUCAGCCCGGUACCGAGCACCCUACAGGAACACAAACCGUGCUCACCCUCCAUCAUCUCAAACAGGGAGCCAAGAAGGAGCAACUGAAAUCCAAAGGUGGCCGAUUGGAGAGAGGAGCCACACAGCCAGAUGGCCAGCCUGCCCGCAACCUGCCCCGAAAUGAUCAAACCGCCCAGAACAUGAUCAAACGGAGCCACAAGCCCAAGCAGGGCCAAACCCCUGGAGCAUCCCACUCCAUAAAGAAAAAAGAUAACAGCAGCCCGAAUAAGCCCUCAUCUCUCCACCAGCCUCCACUCCGGGAGCAGAAAAAACCCCUCCGCAACUCGGGCAACGUGAAGAUUGUGAACAUACCGUCUGCUGAAGCUGCACCUGAAUACCUCAAAGAUGGCGAGAAGGUCUACGCUGGAGCUAAGUUCAGUGAGCCGCCGUCGCCGAGUGUCUUACCUAAACCGCCCAGUCACUGGGUGGGAGAAAACGAGCCUCAACAGAGCAACCAAAGCCGAGAGCAAAUGACUGUUCACUUAAAGUCGCUGCUGAAGGUACAAGAUAAUAAUAAUGAUCACAUCUGAUUGGAUUUAAAUGCCAACAAUUGGAAAAUAGGCAUUAAGGUAAAUUGAGUUUGGCCUUUAACACAUUGCAAUACAAUGAAGGGAGUUUUUUAUUAGCUGUAGUACAAUUUCCCAUUAUUCAACAUGCUGCCUGCAUUUGUGAACAUUUUGGAGACAUUGUGUUGUUGCUGGAGAUCUGACCGACAAUGCUGUGUCCGCCAGGUGUGUCUCAUAUUUUCUGCCUUCUUGCUGGCAGAGGAAAAUAUGUUUUUGUGAUUGAAAUUGUGCAGUAGGAAGCUGAGGUCGUCUCCAGUAGCAACAGGACCAGUGUCUCAUGUUUACAUUAUGCAAAGUGAUGACGGCACUUUCUUUGUGAAUACUUUUCAAAAGGCAGCCUUGCGUUGAUUUUUUAAAGAGCUCGUGUAAAUGUACAAAAUAUAUUGUAAACAUAUAUUUGUGUAUAUUUUUCCUUGUUAUUUUAACUGAGAUUCUAGUUUUGUUACUGAGGUUUUUCCAGAAAAAAAAAAAUAACAAAAAAGAAAAAAAUGUCCCCUGCAAACUGAGGCACUUUUUGACAGCUCCUUCAGCGUGAGGCUCAGUGGACGUAAGAAAGACUUUUCUAGCUGAUUUGCACUGAAAAAUCGAGAAGGGCGGGAAAUCUGUUGUUCCAAAGCUUGACCAGCCACUUUGAUGAAAUCACCAGCCAGCUUUGAGCACAGGAGAGGACUUCUAGAUCCUGGCUGGGCACCUUUCAAAAUGGCUCAGAUAGCGCACAAAUCAAAGCAGAACUUUUUCAGCUGGUGGCUGAAGUUCUGUCCCUUCUCCGAACACGGGUCCAGCCAGUGAAAAGCCAAGCGUCGAAUCAGGGACUGUGGGGCUGCUGAGGCCUCAGCAAACUGAGGAGACGACGACAAUGUGAAAAGUCUCACAACCAGCUGCUGCAGAAAGCCAGUAUCCAGACCGAGUGCUUUUUCUUUUUUAUUUUUAUUGCACUGACUCAGAGUACGUUCACAUUAAGCCAACUACUUUUUAAAACAUUUUUUUUUCUCUGUUUCCGGCCAUCUGUCCACACCGAGCCGGUGCCUUUCACAACCAAAAAGAAAGCUUUUUCCAGGACGCUAAUCAGAGUGGGAAAAUCUUGUAAUGAAGGCUUUGUGUUUCAGGUAGAGCUGCAGAGAUGAUCAUUUAAUCGAUUAGUUGUCAACUAAUUUGAUAUUCAAAUAAUCAGAGUAAACUUUGAAGAAAGAAAACAUCAAAAUUCACCAAUUUUGCUUAUUGAAUGUGAAUAUUUUCUGUUUCCAAUACUCCUCUAUCAAAAUACAGUAAAUAUCUUUGGGUGGUGGACAAAACGAGACAUUUGAGUACAUCAUCACGUGUGUUGAGACACUUUAUAAACCAAAAUACUAAUCAAUUAAUUGAGAGAAUAAUUGUCAGAUUAAUGGACAGUGUAGAUAAUCGUUAGUUGCAGCCCUACUUUUAGUGUGUAUGGGGAACUUUGAACAUAGCUGAGGAGUGUGUGGCAGUAACAUUAAAAAGACAGUCUUCUGUCACUUGUAAAUUUGUCUGUGAUCAGCAGACUUUUUUGACAGAAGAUAUCUUGUCAAUUAAGUCAUUAAUUGGCCAACGAGAAAAAUUUUCUGCGACCAUUUUAGUAAUCUGAUAAUUGUCUAAGCAUAAAAACCCCAAACAAUUGGUGGUUCCAAAUUUAUUUUGGACUGCUAGUCACACAAAACUAGACAUCCAAUGUGUCACUUAAGGAUCUAUUGUAAGAGGAAAGAAUUUUUCAUUUUGUAGAAUGAUAUGAAAUGGGCUAAUCAGUAAUGAAAAUGAUCAUUAAUCGUAGCCACAGUCAUAUUUCAAUCAUAAAAUGAUGUCUUAGUUGGCACUGGAGUGCUUGUAAACGCAUAAUUAUAUACUCUUUGUGAGAAAUAAAGAACUAAAUGUGGAAUUUGGCUCUGUUAAAUAAUAAUAGGUUAUCAUAGAGAGCAGUAAAUGACAGAAAACAGGUUUGUCCCACUCCUCGCCAGGUGUUUGCGUUGAUGACCGUUUUGUUGUUUGCUGAAUGAAAAGAGAAAAACAAAGAAGAGAUUAAGCUGUAUUCAUAUUGUUAAGGUGUUUAAAUGUGGACGGCAUGAAAAGGGUCGCGUGUGGACGCACAUUGUUUUUACACGUAAACUGCGUUUUAAAGAUUGUAUGGCUUCAUGUGGACGUAGUCUCACUUAUGUCUGUAUAAUAUGUUUUUUCUUAAAGGGGACUUGUUUUCACACACUUCAUUUCUCAUACCUCUUCUUUACCUUUUCAUUUCUUUAAGAUACUUUAAAGCACGUUAAUGUUUACCAAGAGUGCAGUAUGUGUUGAAUGUGGCACAGAUCUUGUGAUUAUGUAACACGAGU